AUGGAAGAAACGAAGAUAAUGCUGCUGAGUCUGCAGUGGAAGUGGUAAUGGAGCCUGAUACAAACUACAUCUUCAUGCUCAGCCAUUUCUGCGAGCUCCAUGGGCCCAAGAUCAUCAUGGUGACCCACUCCUUCCAUGUUCCUGAUGCUGUGAAUGCUGCCUCCAACAACGACCCUCGCUUGUACAACCAGAUUAUCAACUUCAAGGAGUUGCAGAACAUCUACACCAACCAUACCAGCUACUGCAACUCCUGCAAGUUCAAGGUCUCGGACGACAACAACAACAUCUGCUUGACCAACGACAAGAGCUUGAACGCCAACAGAGUCUUUCUCUCCAGCCAGCUCCCCAAAUCCUUUUUCUUGCAGAAGAAGCUCAACCAGUUGAACAAAAAGUUGAUUCACCAGGAGAACAUCAACUCCAACGACCCCAAGUUGAUUAUCAUAGGCAACUCCAACUUCUUCUACUCCAUCACUCUCAAGUUCAAAAUCAACGAGUUUCAGAGCAGAGGCCAGAUCAAGAACUACCAAAUCUCUCUAAUCUCCAACAAUUUCAACAACCUACUUGUCAACUACAAUCUCAUCUUCAAGAAACUAAAUCAGCUAAUCUACAACUUGUGCCAGAAAAGAGCCUAUUUUGAGAACGAAAAGAUCUUCAAGAAAAAUGGCUCGUCUUCCACCUUGAAAUACUUGAAAAAUAAAAACCUCUUUCUUUACAACAAUUACGACUUGAAUACCAACAACAAGAAUGGGUUCAAUUUGACUGAGAUCGUCGACGAUAAUGACAUUUUCAUUAAGAUCCACAAGUUUGCCUCUAUUUUGCUCAACGACCUCUACAAGUCUGACCUACGGAUGAGCAUCAUCAGCAAGAACAACAAGAACAAUAAAAGCAAUGAGAACAAUAACGACAAUAACGACAAUAACGACAAUAACAAAGACAAUGGCAGUUACAGCUACUACAAAGACCUCGACAACCUCUUGUUCAACUCCAAAUAAGCACCUCUCUUACAUCUUAUACUAUUUCUUUAAAUGUAUUCUAAUUAGAUCCACUAUAUUAUACAUCUGAUACAUACACUUUUCUACAUUAUACACUCUUAUACACUAUAUACUUAUAUACUAUAUCACAUCUAUAUACUAUAUACUAUGUACUUCUUACUACAUUUCACCUUAGUUAAUUGUUUAAUUGUUUAA